AUGCUGGGGAAGCUCGGGCUGCGCACGGAGGCAUACCCGUUCGAUUUCAGCCGCGUCACCCUUGAUGGACUGGUGCACUUCAUCCGGAACGGCUUUGCGGAAGGCUUCUACCCGCCGGGGCCGCCGCCGUACCGACCCGAGUGUGUAGGGCCGUGGGUACUCUUCCGCGGGCAGCACACGGCCUUUGCGCACUUCGACCUCAACGACCCCCGCGUGCAGGACCACUUUCAAGUAAAGAUGCGCCGCUUCGACGCGGUGCUCGAUGCCCCGGUGAAGCCCGUCACGUUUUUCCGCACCGUCACAGCGCGUCACCCUCAAGAAGAGUUGGCGCUCGCCCUCGAUCUGGAGGAAGCCGUGGCGCGACGCAACCCUUCCCUCGACUUCCGCAUUGUCUUCAUGGUGCACGACCAGGGGCUCCGUGCCAACGCGGUACAGCUGGCCCCGCUCUCGCCGCGGGUCUCGCUUUGGGCGUUGCAAUAUCGUGGCUCGCCUGACGACACCCUCUUUGACCGCACACACGCGGCCUACCACGCUGUCCUGCUGCACAGCGUCGCGGAGGACAACUGGCCUGCCGUCAACGUAGGCGUCGCCCCUUCGCCACCAGCGACGAUGGAGUCGGCAGAGGCAUUCGAUUUCGAACGCGAGGUGCUCGUUUGUGAUGGCACAGCUCGAACCGACGACGUUCCCUUCGCCAACCUGACCAGGGCACGCUUUCCAUGGCGCAGUCACGACAACUUGGCCUUGAUCGACGGCGUCGCCAGCGUCGGUGGCACUUGCGCUGGAAUCGGGAGCACAAAGAUGCUCGCAGAUGUCUCUGCCGUGCUGCAGGUGGAGGGUCAAGUGCGACGAAAGUGCCGGUACUGUGGUAACACGACCUAUCAUGCUGCAGGGCGGCCCUUCCGAACGGAGCGCCCUUUCACUGACGAGGAGGACCAACUCGUGCUCAUCCACCUCUACACAAUCCUCACAGGUGGAGAUAAGGUAGCGGCGGUAGAGAAGCUGGCGCAUGAGAUGCGUCGCGGCACGUACGAAGUAAUUUGCCGCAUCCAGUACUUGACGAACUCCAGCACGAAGCUCAUGGACUCCAUUGACCCCGCCAGCCCAUCCGACGUGUAG